GAGAUUAACAUGAAUCGCAGCGCAACCUUUGCCAUCGCAUUCGGAUUCACUACCACAAAUAACGCCACCGUUAGUGUCGUGGUACUGCCUUCAGAUCCGGACACCCAGCUCACGUGCUGCCUCCGAUUCCAGGGCAAUAGUUCAGAGGCAGCGGGCAAUAUCACCAGGGCCGACUGUUAUAUGAACGCCACUCUGCCGUUGGGGGAGUCAGGGUACCGACUCCCUACGGGUGACGAGGAGAGGGCACUGAGGCAGAGUUACACGUGGAUGAUCGACGGGACCCAUUUACAAGAGAAUGGAAUCUACCAGGUUUUGUGUUCGGUGGAUGAAUCUACAGCUACGAGCGACGAUGAAGAACCGAGUCCUGACGAGACGAUCACUAUUACGACGGGAGUCUACAGCUCACAGUGCUUGUUCUGGGACGAUGAUGAAGAAAUGUGGGGUACCAUGGGAUGCAAGGUCGGUCCACUCUCCUCCCCUGACGUCACACAUUGUCUGUGCAUUCACCUGACGUACUUCAGCUCCAGCUUUCUCGUCAUGCCCAACAAGGUGAACUUCUUGGAGGACUCCAAGCUGUUCCUGACGUUCCUGGAGAAUCCCGUCGUCGUCACCACAGUCGGUUGCAUCCUGGUGGCCUACGUGCUGGUCGCUGUCUGGGCUCGCAAGAGAGACAAGGCAGAUGAACUAAAGGCAGGCGUCAUUACCCUCGCAGACAACGACCCCUUUGCCCACUACCGUUAUGACGUCACCAUCGUGACGGGCAUGCGCAGGGGAGCCGGCACCACCGCCGUCGCCACCCUGACCCUGGUUGGUUCAGACGGCAAGAGCCGACCUCAGCUUCUUGCCGCCCCGGGUCGUCAGGUCAUGCAGAGAGGCAGCGCAGACUCCUUCAUUAUCACGACACGGGAGAGCAUCGGUGAAGUGACGGAGGUCAGGAUCUGGCACGACAAUGCCGGAGACAGUCCAGAAUGGUACGCAAGUCGCAUCACCGUCCACGACCUGGAGCUUGACGAGUCUUGGUUCGUCAUGUGCAACUCGUGGCUGGCAGUUGACAUCGGCGAGGGCCUGAUAGACCGCACCUUCCCAACAGCAAGUGCGGAAGACUUGAAAGACUUUAAGCAUCUGUUCUCGACGCGUGCCACGAAGGACUUCCAAGAUGGUCAUUUGUGGUUCUCUAUCUUCAACCGUCCACCGAAGAGUCACUUCUCCUGUCUGCAGAGAGUCUCCUGCUGCCUGUCACUCCUGAUGUGCGUCAUGCUGACCAGUAUCAUGUUCUACGGUGUUCCUAACGAUCCGACGGAACAGGUCAUGGAUCUCGGAACGUUCCGGAUUACGUUCACCGAGAUCCUCAUCGGGAUCGAGAGCUCAAUACUCGCCUUCCCGAUUAACAUGCUUAUCGUGGCGAUCUUCAGGUACUCCCGGCCGGCUCGGCGGACCUCGAAGCCCAGUGAGGUUAAGAGGGCCGUGGACACAAACCACAAACCGUCCACUGAGAGUCGUGACGCUCCACCUGUUCAUCAAGACGACGUUCACCUAUCCUAUUCCAACAUCGAUGAAUUCAGUCCCUGCACGCCGUACUCGAGCAUCACCUCGGACACAAUAAGCAACAAGAGCAGAUCACCCUCUCAGACCCACUCUUCAAAUCAACACUUAUUGCCCAACUCGUCACUAAACACCCACGACAGACUGACCACCAACAUGUUCCUGUUUUCCUACUUGGACGAGGUUGUGGAUGCUCUUGACGUACUACCCCCGGAGAAAUUCCCAUCUGCCGAACAAUAUGAGCGCGCUCGGCGGGAACUACGGUCCAUAGUUCUGACGACAAUGACUGUACCCACACCGAGUUCGUCAGCUGUCACUGGUAGUGGCGACUCCAAACUGGAGUCGCAGAAGGGACGCUGUUCGUGCACGUUUCUUCCAAACGGUCUUCCUCACGGCUUUAUUUAUAUAGGAUGGUUUUUGGUCAUCUCAACCACUCUGGUGUCGUCUUACUUCACCAUGCUGUACGGGCUCAAGUACGGCAAAAAGCGCUCCAUUGAUUGGUUAAUGUCUCUAGGAAUAUCGCUGUUUCAGAGCAUCUUCAUCACGCAGCCGAUGAAGGUGCUGCUCCUUGCUGCUUUUGUUUCCAUGGUAAUGAGGGAGUGGGAUGCAGACGAGGACGGCAGUGACGACAUGGAAGACGUUGAAAUCGAAAACGCACAAGAAGUCUACCACCCUCUUCGCAAGUGGAAAGGCGCACGCUACAGGCCGCCGACGCAAACUUCGAUGGAGUCGUGCCGUAAACGUAAAGCAUUGGAACGGAAGAUGUACGCCCUCUUGCGAGAGAUCUUUGGCUACAUUAUGUUCAUGUGGUUGGUGAUAGUGAUUGCGUACAACCAGACGGACCGACACGCGUAUCUCCUCACCCAGAAUAUUAAGGAUGUAUUCUUCAGCAGUGAUGAAUUUGAAUCGGUGACCAAUUACAACGGGUUCUAUGAAUGGGCGGAUGUGGAUCUGGUACCUGGACUCUACCAAGGAGACACCACACCUAUACCAAUGUCAUUUCUCAUCGGAGGAGUCCGUCUACGCCAGCUGAGAGUCCGUGAAGAUGUCUGUCAGGUCAACCCGUCCUUUUUCGGUAUCAUUGAUGGAUGCCUUCCCAGCUACACUUCAGACAGUGAAGACACCAACUCGUACAACGGGUCGUGGCGUCUUCACAACGCAAUACGGAACUACUCUGCCAACUCGGCCGUCAACAAACUCGACCCAUGGGCGUACCAAGAGAAGAUAUUCAGCACCAUCUGGGGUCACAUCAUCUACGGCACUGGAGGGUACGCGGCGAGUCUAGGACUGGAGGAGACGGAAACCAGAUCAUUUCUGGAGCGCUUGAGAGUGGGGCGUUGGCUCGAUGCCCGCACGAGGGCGCUCUCGGUGGAAUGGACGGUCUACAAUGCAAACACAAACCUCUUCGCGGUGAUCCGGCUCUUGGUAGAGAUUCCGUCCAGUGGGGGCUUCAUCAAAACAACACUCAUCCGGACGGUCCGAUUCUACCGGAACGUUGCAGGUUACCAAGUGUUUGUUAUAUUCAUCGAAAUGUUGUUCUCCAUGUACGUGGUCUUCUACACUGCCGUUGAGGUCAUGAAGUUCCGGAGGGAGGGGCGUGGCUAUUGGAAAUCCGCUUGGAACUGGCUGGAACUCUUCAUAAUUUUAACAUGUCUAUGGAUCAUCGUAGUCUACAUCUACAGACACGUCUUCACCGAGAAAUUAUUCGCAAUCUUUCGGACCCGUCCGGGCGACUUCGUCAACUUCCAGGACGCAGCGUCCAUAGCGGAAACCUUUAGGUAUCUUCUCGGUCUACUCCUGAUCCUAUGCACGGUCAAGUUCCUUCAUCUGCUCCGACUCAAUCCGCGAACGUACCUCCUGACGGCAGUGCUAAGCUCGGCGGCCAAGGACGCCCUGGCGUUCGCCGCGUAUAUCGGCCUUGUCAUGUGUGCGUUCGCGGUGCUCUUCCAGCACCUCGGGACGCACACGGCAGCGUACAGCACGAUGGCGUUCGCUUUCGAAUCCCUCUUCAUUUUAUUUCUCGGUGACUAUGAUUUCGAUGAGCUUGCCGCUGUUGACCGCUACAUGACUCCCAUCAUGGUUUUCACCUUCCAGGUCGUGGCCACUUUCUUAUUCUUGAACGUACUCCUGUCUGUGUUGAACAACAGUAUGUCGUACGUCAGGCGAAACCAGGAGCCCUCCGAAGACGGAACUAUCGGUUUACUUUUACUUUAUAAAAUUCUAUCAUGGUUUGGAAUCAAACACAAAACUGAGAUUUAA